GCGGCGGACACGCGCGCGGCCGCGGCGGGCCCGGCAUGGAGGCGGAGUGCCGGGUGCUCUCCAUCCAGAGCCACGUCGUCCGCGGCUACGUGGGCAACCGGGCGGCCACGUUCCCGCUGCAGGUUUUGGGAUUUGAGGUUGAUGCACUGAACUCCGUCCAGUUUUCCAACCACACAGGCUACGCACACUGGAAGGGUCAAGUGCUGAACUCCGAUGAGCUGCACGAGCUCUACGAGGGUCUGCAGCUGAACGGCGUGAACAAGUAUGACUACGUGCUCACGGGUUACACGAGGGACAAGUCCUUCCUGGCCUCGGUGGUGGACAUUGUGCGGGAGCUGAAGAAGCAGAACUCCAAGCUGGUGUACGUGUGCGACCCGGUGAUGGGCGACGAAUGGAACGGCCAAGGCUCCAUGUACGUGCCCGAGGACCUCCUUCCGGUUUACAAAGAGAAGGUCGUGCCACUUGCAGACAUCAUAACCCCCAACCAGUUCGAGGCUGAGUUACUGAGUGGCAGAAAGAUCCACAGUCAGGAAGAAGCCUUGUCGGUCAUGGACGAGCUGCACGCCAUGGGCCCGGACACAGUGGUCAUCACCAGCUCCAACCUGCCAUCCCCGAGGGGCAGUGACUACCUGAUCGCGCUGGGGAGCCAGAGGAUUCGGAACCCCGACGGCUCCGUGGUGACAGAGCGCAUCCGCAUGGAGAUGCACAGGGUCGACGCGGUCUUUGUGGGCACCGGGGACCUCUUUGCCGCCAUGCUCCUGGCGUGGACACACAAACACCCCAGCAACCUCAAGGUGGCCUGUGAGAAGACCGUGUCUGCCAUGCACCAUGUCCUGCAGCGAACCAUCAGAUGUGCAAAAGCCCAGGCAGUGGGAGGGCUGAAGCCCAGCCCGGCACAGCUGGAGCUGAGGAUGGUCCAGAGCAAAAAGGAUAUCGAGAACCCGGAGAUCGUGGUCCAGGCCACGGUGCUGUGAGGCCCCUGGGCCGCCCCCCACAACGCACAGCGUGUGGUGUCUCCCUUGUCAUCCUGUGAACACGUAGCGUCUGCCUUAGAGCUGUGACUGAAACUUGGUCUUCUUUUUCUUUCAUGAGUGUCCAGUAUCCACCGGUCUUAAUUGUGAAAACGUGCUGGUCGUGCUUUUCAGGAGUAACAAAGCAAUCACAGAAAUCUGUAAUUUGGGGAACGUAGCUCCUCACGGCUCUCCUGGCUCAGGGUGCCUUGUGUCCCGACCCAAGUAUCCUAGGGCUGCGGAAGCCCAGGCUGUAUGUGUCCACGAGGAACCCUCGGGUUUUAACCAUUUGCGCCUGGAAGGGUCUUGCCAAAUCUCUGUGUUGUCUUUCUGACCGACCCUCUCCGCUCCCACUUCAGGCGUCUUGGUUGUCACUUAGCUGUUGGGGAGGUCGCUGGGGAAGGUUGUCCCAUGGGGACCGUUUAACACCAGCUGGCCCGGCACACACGGGCACUGUGCGGUCACGCUGGGGGGCACCUUUCCAGGACCCAAACAUUCAGGUGGUCUGCAUGUGUUGUGCCCAUCCAUGGGACCAGGGACCUGCAGGUUGACAUGACGGAGACGAGGAAAGGUCCUGUGGGUUGGGGACAGCUUGUGGGAGCACUAGCACGUUGUGCUCCCUAGUCAGUGACACGGCAGGUCGAGUAUACACUGUGUUUGCCCCUGUUGCAGGGAACAGGUGUGUCGCACACGGAGCCAGGGCAGAGAUGGGUGCAGGAGGGCAGAGGGGGACAGCUGCCCCUCCCCGCUGCCUCUGCCUUCUGUGCCACCCGGAAGCUGGGAAGCAAGAGGCGGGUGGAAAAGCCAGCCCUCGCAGGGGAGGGUGUUGGACCCCAGGGAGGGACUGGGGCACAGUGCCAGAGGAGCGGCUCCCAGUAGCCACUGACGGAGGCCACAGCCUAGGCCUGGGCACCAGGCUGGUUGUCUGCUGCCGGGGUGGCCUGUCUGGCCCCACUUGGCCCAGAAUUUUGAGGACUCCCAGGUGUAGCUGUGAGGAGGGAGGCGUGCCCGUCCUGUAGACUCGGCCUGCCUCGAUCGCAGCUCCCAGCCCCCGAGCCCCCCGUCCCUCUGUGUGUGGGGGUGCAGAGGUCCUCCUCUCCCGGGAGCCCCCUUGCGCACGUCCCACAGGCAGGUCCUGUCCUGCGGCCCACACCCCCCGCUGCGGCAGUUCCCCGUGACCUCCAGAACCACUGCCACCCCCUCGGCGCGGUGUUUCCACUCCGGUGAGGACGCCCCGAAACAAAAGCCGGCCUCCGUGUUCUAUCCGCUUUUCUUUUUCCCUGUCCUUCCACGUCCUGAGUGUCCUCACUCGCGCAGCAGUACCCGGUGGCUGUGCGCGGGCUCGGUGGUUCACGGCUCCCAUGGCGGGCGCGGGUCAGGGCAUGUGUCCCUGUCCUGUGUCCUGGUUCUGAGGACUGGGCUCCACUUAGCCCUGGGGCAGAGCCUGGCUGCCUGUCACUGCCCAGCAGAGCUGGGGAGACGGCCACGCCACCAGCCAGCAAAGGAAGGUUUUUUCCCCCUCUUUUUUAAUACCGAGAGCGAGGGUAAGAUGGGAAGGAUCCUGAGUGUGUGUGUCCCUGCAGUGCAAUGGCAGAAAAGCCUCCGCACUGCUAUGGUGGGGGCUGGAGGGGCUCGCUGGGUCUGUUCGGUGGCCUUGGGGAGCCCCCUGCAAACACUGUCCGUCUGCCUGUUCACCUCUUAUUUCAGAGGCUCAGCCUUUGUGCCCCCCUGACUUCCUUCACUGGUACUAUAUGUACAAAGCCUCCUGCCCCCUCAUCAGCUUUCUGGCGGGGUCCUGGGCGUCUUCCUCCGUCCCUCUGACUUUGAAGCCCCGAGCACUGGGAGAGGUGGUGUCUUGUGCCCUCGGCACCCAGCAGCAGGAACCUGGUGUCCUGAGAGCCUCUGCAGAGCGCGGGGCUCCUGUAGAAACGGUGUCCGGUUCCGUCAGCUUCCGUGGGAGACCGUCCAACCCUCCAGCUCCCAGCAAGGUGUAUGUGUCCCAUGCUGCCGCUGAGCCCGUGCGAUUCUGGGCUCCAUCCUCCGUGCACCCAGAGCCCCCGGCUUGUCGUGCUUACGAUUUCCCAUCCGGAAGUGCACGUGGUCGUUAGUGGUGUUUUUAUACAGGUUGGGUCCAGAUUAGAAUUAAUCUUUGUUUCUACUUUCCAUAGUUUAGUAACACGCGAAGUAAUAAUUAUAUAUUUUAAGAUGAGAGAUGUAUUGGUCUUAAAUCACCUGCCUAUGACCAGAUUACAGUUUUCAGUAGUUCUUCAAAGCUUCUGUAGACCUUAAAAAUCAAUUACAAAAUACCCUUUUUUAAAAAACAUUUUCAGAUCAUUGCCAAGUCCUGCUGAGGUGAUCGUGUUAAUCUGCAUUAUUUUUGUAAUACAUGUCAGCGGUGGUAAAAGUGAUGCUUCGUUGUCGUCUUCUUAAACUUGUUGAAACCUGUUUUUUAAAAUGUUGCCCGGCUUUACGAUGGACUGAGCGUGGUUUGCCAAAACCGCCCGGACGACUAAGCAGAGGGUGAUUUCCACAUUCAGCCAGAGGCCAGAGUGCGCUGCCCGCACCGUGAUGCCCGGUCCCGGUGCAGGUGUACGAUCCCCUCCCAUCUCGUCAUCCCGGAAGAGUGAUGCUGCGUGCUGGCGGCCAGGAGCAGGGCCAGGUGGGUGGGGCCUGGCGUCACUGGGUGUCUCGAGGCCACUCCCGACUCUGCCGUUGCCUCCUUGCUUGACCUGAUGUCCACUCCCAGCUGGAAUGUGCGGCGAAGGAGGUGACAGCAUUCCGGCUGCUGGGCUGGCGCCCCGAGCAAGCCUUUCCCUCGUUGUUCCUGCCUUUGAUGGAGCCGCCAGCCCGGAGCUUGGGGCCACACCUGCCUGCCUCAGAAGCCGCCUUCGAGCGCUCUGUGCCCGCACCAGAGCAGCUGGCAGUCCCUGUCGUCCUCCUCUGUCCUGCCCGCUGCUUGCUCCGCGUCCCUCGAGCACAGCUCCCCGCGGGUCGGGGUUUUGACAGGAGCCCCCCACCCCCCACCCCAGCACCUGCCUGGGCGGGAAAUCAGGGAAGGAAGUUGAGAGGGCAGAGGGGGUCCGGGGCAGAGUGUGGGCUCUGCCUCAGGGUGGGAUCCAUGCGGCCCCCAGACUGCCCGCGGGGGUCGCGGCUGCUGAGCCCCGUGUUCACCGCCCGCCGCCAGGCUGCAGGUCCCGCCCUCCUCGUCCCGUCACCGCAGCUCGGCGCUCCCCCUUCCCUGCGGAGCCGGUGCAGCUCUGGGACGCCGGGUCCGCUGCGCCAGGCCCGGAAGCCUCGCGCUUGGGUCUGGAGGGUCUGGAGGGACGACCCUCCCUCCCCCAGGACAUCUCCUUCCUUUCUGCCCCAGGGCGCGGGUGGGCUGGACGCCUGCCGCUCAGGA